ACCAACCAUUGCCUCAUUGUAGUUUUUCUUGUUUAUUUCUGAGUUCCAUGGCGGUGGAUCACAUUAUCCAACAACAGAAGAAGAAACAGCUAAAGAGGUUUCAUUGUCCAAAAAAUUCACAGAAGAAAACUUCUUGAUCUACAUCUUCACACAUUCCCUCUAACCAUGUGUGUCCUAUAGAGAGAAAUUAGAAACUCCUUCUUUCCCACAUUCAGCAUUUUACAAUUUUUUUUUUUUCAUUUUUUCUCACAUUCCCGAGAAAAAGAAGAUCCGAAACGGCCGAGUUUCUAAUGAUAAAUGUUAAUUAUUCUUCACCCUUCUUGUAAGAAGAAGCUUUUCAUUUGCAUUCCUGAAGCUCUCUCUUUCACAAUCUUCAAGAUUUGAUUUUUCUCCCAUGCAUGCGGCUAAAUCGCAAUUUUUUCUCGACCCUUUUGAAUUUCCCGUCUCAAUUUCAUGCACCCGUCUCACAUUGCUUGUAAUUUCUCCUGCUUUCCAUGACUGAGAUCUAGGGUUUCACUCUAUGCUCCUUCCUCAUUCUGCCAUUCAAGCAGAAACCAUUGAUUUUCGUGCCACAUUGAUUUGUCUUCUUUAAUGGGUUUCGUCUAAAGUUUUCAAAUUUACCGUUUUUACCUUCCGGGUCGCCAUGCUGAAGCAAUUCCUCAGCAGACUCCCCCGCAAGACACCGAAAUCCGACUCGGACGAGUCAUGCCGAGCCGACUCGUCGCGCUCGGACGAUUCCCCACGCGCCGCCGGCAGACACAAUCGCACGCACGGCGUCGCGGCCGCUUCGAACGCUGCGAAACGGACAUCCUCGUCUGCGGUCUUUCCGGCGAGCACGGUGUCGGUGAUAGAACCUCUGGUGCCCUUCAAGGAUGUUCCAAGCUCGGAAAAGAUGAACCUUUUCGUGAGCAAGCUGAGUCUGUGUUGCGUGUCGUUCGAUUUCACGGACCCUGGUAAGGACACGGUGGAGAAAGAGGUGAAGAGAAGAACCCUUGUUGAACUUGUUGAUUUUGUUUCCUCUUGUGGGUCCACGAGGUUCGGUGAACCUGCUAUUCUCGCUGUGUGUAGAAUGUGUGCUAUUAAUCUCUUUCGCGUUUUCCCGCCAAAUUAUAGGUCCAAUCGUGGUGGUGAGAAUGAUGAUGAUGAGCCAUCCUUUGAUCCCGCUUGGCCUCAUUUGCAGCUCGUGUAUGAUUUGCUGCUCAAGUUUAUAACCUCUAACUGUCUUGAUGCUAAGGUGGCCAAGAAGUACAUCGACCAUUCUUUUAUCUUGAGGUUGUUGGAGUUGUUUGAUUCGGAAGAUCCUAGGGAGAGGGACUGCUUGAAGACCAUUAUGCAUAGGGUUUAUGGCAAGUUCAUGGUGCAUAGACCCUACAUAAGGAAAUCCAUUAACAACGUGUUUUUUAAGUUUGUGUUUGAGACUGAGAGGCACAAUGGGAUUGCUGAGUUGUUGGAGAUUUUUGGGAGCAUAAUUAGCGGGUUUGCUUUGCCUUUGAAGGAGGAGCACAAGAUCUUCUUGUGGAGGGUUUUGAUCCCUUUGCACAAGCCCAAAUCUAUGGGGGUGUACUUCCAGCAGUUGUCUUACUGCGUUACACAGUUCGUGGAGAAGGAGCCUAAGUUGGCGAGCAUUGUCAUCAGGGGAUUGUUGAAGUAUUGGCCGAUAACGAAUAGUCAGAAAGAGGUGAUGUUCCUGGGUGAACUGGAAGAAAUUUUGGAAACAAUUAACAUGGUAGAGUUCCAGAGGGUCAUGGUACCGUUGUUUUGGCGGAUUGGAUGCUGCAUUAACAGUAUGCACUUUCAGGUAGCUGAAAGAGCCCUUUUCUUAUGGAACAAUGAUCAUAUUGUGAAUUUGAUUGCUCACAACCGACAAGUGAUCCUGCCAAUCAUGUUUCCAGCCUUAGAGAAGAAUUCUCAAGGCCACUGGAGCCAAGCAGUGAUGAACCUAACUCAUAAUGUUAGAAAAAUGUUUGCAGAGAUGGAUGAGAAGCUAUUCCUGGCUUGUCAUUCUCAGUUUAAGGAAGAAGAAGCACUGCUAAACGCAGCUGCAGAGAAGCGGAAGGAAGCAUGGAAACAACUAGAACAUGCAGCCAGUCUUCAGCCUGUGAUUGGAAAUACUCCAGUUUUAGUGUCUACAAUUUGAUAACCUGUAACUUAUGUAUGCAUGUAUCUAUGUCAGAAAUUCAAUCCCUAUCCCUUUCAUCCUGAUAUGGUGGAAAAAAACCGCUAGAAAAGUGGUAAAUGGCUGUUAUCUUUAAGGUUCCUACAUGCAUUUGAUGCUUCUGGCAGCCAGAUGUUGUACCUUGUAAAAUGCUUUUGAUUGCCACUGUAUGGUAGUAACUUAUCUGCCUCCUUCUGAUAAGUGAUGUGAAGGACUCUAUGCAGUGGAUCAAACCAAUUUCUGUAUAAGCCUAUUUCCAAAA